CGCCGGGGUGAGCCCAGCGGAGCCGGGCCGAGCCGGGCCGAACGGCUGAGGAUCCUGUGCCGGUGCCGGCCAUGCAGCGGCCCGGGCUGUUCGGGCGGGUCAAGGCGGCGGUGGUCGGGAUGGUGCACGUAGGAGCGCUGCCAGGGACACCAAGAAGUUCUCUUCCAUUGACCCAGAUCAUUGAUCAAGCUUGUCAAGAGGCAGAAGUUUACAAGGAUGCUGGAGUUGAUGGGCUGAUCCUGGAGAACAUGCACGACGUGCCGUACACGGUGCGCCCGGGCCCGGAGGUCACCGCAGCCAUGGCAGUGCUCGGUGCUGCCGUGAGACACAGCUGUCCCCGUGUCCCUCUGGGUGUCCAGGUGCUGUGUGCUGCCAACCAGCAGGCAAUAGCCAUUGCUCUGGCUGCAGGUCUUGAUUUCAUCCGGGCUGAAGGGUUUGUGUUUUCUCACGUGGCUGAUGAAGGGAUUAUAAAUGCCUGUGCAGGUGACCUGCUACGAUACAGAAAACACAUUGGAGCAGACAACAUUCAGAUUUUUGCUGAUAUUAAAAAGAAGCAUAGUGCUCACGCCCUGACGGCCGAUGUCAGCGUGGCGCAGACGGCGGACGCUGCCCAGCUGUUCCUGGCCGACGGCGUGGUGCUGACCGGCACGGCCACCGGGCACCCCGCUGACCCCCGGCAGCUGCGAGAGGUUAAGCGUACUGUGAAGAUUCCUGUGCUCGUUGGGUCUGGAGUGACUCUGGAGAAUGUGAGGAAUUACUUGGAUGCAGAUGCUCUAAUAAUUGGUUCCUAUUUCAAGAAAGGAGGAUAUUGGGCAAAUGCUGUUGAUCCUGACCGAGUCAAGAAAUUCAUGGAACACAUAAGUAAACUGAGGGAAUGAGUUUAUCAGCAAACACUGUUUGUUUGUGUUUGUUUGUAGAAAUGCAGUGUGGUACGUCCUACGGAAUUAAAGCACGAAUGCGUGGCCGAAUGGCAAAUAAUACCAAAUAAAAAAUGCACAUCAUUGCCAUAACUAGCUUGGUGACAUACUUCACAAUAACCUGGUGCUCUGAUGUUUGCUUCUAGGCAGCACAUUUCUGUGGUGCUCAAAGCUACCAUCAAUGCAAAGCCAACUCUGAAGUCUUGUGCGAGAUACUCUCUCCCAUAAGUCAAACGCUUAUGGAGUUUAAGAAUUUUUAGAAAGUGUUCAUCACAGGUGAGCUGAGUUCUGUUUUGCCUUUAAGUGCAAUAGGAUGCCCUAAGUUUACAGCUAAAAGUGUUGUAAAUUGGACAAGUUAAUUAGCCUUUCAGUUUCCCCAUCUGUAAAAUGAUGAUAAUAGCACCUACAUCACACAGGGGCCGUAAGACAUAAUGAAGGAAAGAAUGUACAGCACUUUAAUCUCUCCAAAUUAAGGGCUCUUUUAAAGUUCAAGAUCAUUAUUUUUUCAUUAGAAUUGUGCAUUUAUACAAUUGCUACAUUUUUGUAAUACCACACAAAAAUUUAAGAUAAUUGGGGUAUUGAUUUACUUACAAUACUUAUUAGAGAAUAAAUGUAAAUAUUUAAUUACAUUUUAAGUAGAUUUGGAAUGUAGUCAAAAUGCUUUUGCAAAAACUGGAAAUUUUAAUAAAGGUUUAUUAUUUUUCAGCAAGCA